CUCUCCCUUUCUCUGUCAGGAAGCUCUCUCUCUUUUCUUUUCUUUUUUUCAAGAUUUUCUAGGGUUUAAUAUUGGAGAAUUUAACAAUGUCUUUGUGAUUUUUUUUACCAAGAUUCUCAAUGUCUUUGUGAUUUAUCAUCAAGAUUCUACGAUGUCUUUUUUUUAUAGUGAAGAAUAUAUCGGACCUAUAGUUAUCAAUGGAUGUUUUGGUCACUAUUUUUAGGCUUUUCUCUAGGGUUUGUUUGUGGAAUCUUUUAUGGUGAAGUAAUUGAUUUAGAUCAAAUAAAUUUCUGGGUUCUUCAAGUAAGCUUUUCUCUUCUUUCUUUUUUUGAUGGAUUUUCGUACUGCUAUUUCAAGAUUUUCUUAUCCCUGCUGUAUUUUAAUUGUGUCUUGGGUUCUUUAGGUCUUUAUGUUGGAGAGUUUGACUAUAUUGGAAUUGAACAAUGUAAUUGAUGUUGUUGUGCUGUAGUGGUUUAUUAUUUUCAGAAUUUACAAUGUCUCUGUGAAUUUUUUCCAAGAUUCUACACUGACUUUUCUUUACUGAAGACUAUAUGGUACAUAUGGUUGUCUGAUGGAUGUUUUAGUAGCUCAAGAGAUUACAAACAGCUAUUGAACAGAGAAUCUUAAUAAUCAGUUUACUGUACUCAGUGUCACUUCUGGCGUCUUGCAUGUUGUUGGUGAUUCAUUAUUUCCCGAUACCAUUGAUAAAACUGCCUGGAGGGUGCCAUAGUUCUCCAACAGGUUGAUAAGAAGUUAUUCCGAUUGUGGCGAGCACAACAGAUGAUAUAACUGAUCAGGUCUAUUUUGUCCUUUCCAUAAUCGGCCAUUUUCGGUUUCUCAUCAAAUUCCUUAUAAUGCAUUUACUUUAAUUUUUGGUUUCUCAUGAAAUUCCUUAUAAUGCAUUUACUUUAUACGAUUGUUUCUCUUAGGAAUAGUUUGGUUGGACUCAUUAGCAAAUAUACAUCUCAGCAUAAACUUCCGCAUAAAUUGUAUAACAUUUUUUGGCUGCAUAAGAAAAAGUAAUAUCCGCAUAACUAUGUACCACACAGUUAUCAACAUAUAAGUAAAAAUAAGCUCAACAUGACUAAUGCAACAGUUGGUAGACGGUAUUUACUGUUCAUUAUUAAUAUCCUCAUGACUUAUGAUUUUAUGAUUUUGUUAUGUAUUUAAUGGAGAGAUGCGGAGUUGUUCUUGAAGGCUCACUCGCAGAACUUCAAAAAUUUAGUUUAAUUAUAAGAAGUUGUAAUUUGUAGUAUUUUGAAUGAAGAAACUCAAUUGGACAUGCUUUCGCAAACACCCUCAGUGGCUAUUUUCCUUUACACAGCUAUCAUUCGUCAAUGUUCAAUCAAACAUGUCGCCUGUCGAGCUUAAAGAACUGUUGCUUGUCAUGUCACUGAAGCACCCUUUUCAUGAAACUAUACGACCUUCUAUUUUUCUUCUUCGUAUUACUCUCUCUUGUAUAACUAAAAAAAAAAAAAAGCAAUUUGACAUGUUCUCUCUUGAGCUAAAAAUUGUUGUUUGGCACGGCACCUUCGGUGGGUAUAUGCGAUUUAGGAGAAAGUUCCAUUUCAUGGUGCUUCUUCCCUGUCUCAUAAGGCCAACUGGUGCUUCUUGCCAUGCCAGAUUUCAAAGCUUUUGAGUUGAUUCUUGUUUUAUCUUGGCAAAGUUCAGUUUCCUUACCCCCCUUCCCAGACCACCCUUUUCGUGAAUUACACAUGGCCCUCCUGUUUUCUUCUUAUUAUUACUCUCUAUGCUCCAUUUAGCACGAGCAAAUUUUUAGUAUUCUCGCUGGUAUAACUCAAAAUGGCAAUCAAACGUGUUCUCUCUUGAGCUGAAAAAACUAUUGGUUGGCAUGGCAUCUCAAGUGUUUCUUCCGGAGUUUGGAGAAAGUUUCAUUUCAUGGUGUUUCCUCUGUCUCAUAAGGCUAAUUGAUUCUUACAACAAUCAGAGGUUCCUAAGCGUUUGCGCUGAUUCAUGUUUUCACUUGGCAAAGUUUAGUUUCUUUUCCACCCCUCACUGAAUCACCCUUUUCGUGAUAUUGCACAUGCACUCCCUAUUUUGUUAUUCUUAGUAGUCACUGUACUCCGCUUUAUACUCGAUGAAGAUUCAUAGGUUUUCAUCCGCUGUGUUCAAUCAAACAUGUUGCCUUUCGAGCUAAAGAACUGUUGCUUGGCACGACACUUCAAGUGGGUUUGUGAGAUUUUGGAAAAAGUUCCAUUAUUUGGUCUUUCUUCUCGUCUCAUAGGCAAACUGAUGCUUGCAGCCAUGCUGGGUUUCAAAGCUUUUGAGUCAAUCGUGUUUUGGUGUCACAAUAUUCAAUUUUUUUGGUCAAACCAUACGACCUUCUACUUUUCUUUUUCUUAUUACUCUCUCUUGUAUUACUAAAAAAAUAAUUUAACAUGUGAGCUUGAGCUGAAAAAUUGUUGCUUGGCAUGACACAUCAGGUGGGUAUAUGAGAUUCUGGAGAAAGUUUCAUUUCAUGGUAUCUUCCCUGUCUCAUAAGGCUAAGGCUAACUGAUGCUUGCAGCCAUCAUAGAGUUCAAAGCUUUUGAGUUGGUUCAUGUUUUAGCUUAGCAAAGUUCAGUUUUCUGCACCCCCCAACCCAACCCCACCAAAACACCUUUUUUUGUGAAAUUACACAUGACCUUCCUCUUUUCUUAUUCUUAGUACUCUGUUUAUUAAGCCAUGAGGAUGCUGAGGUUUUGUCUUCCGUGAAAGUUAAAUGAAACUUGUUUUUUCUCGAGCUUAUUAAAUUGUUGCUCGGCAGGGCAGCUCAGGUGGGUCUAUGAGAUCUUGGAAUUAAAUUUCCAUUUAUUGGUGUUUCUUCUUUGUUUCAUAAGGCUAACUUAAGCUUGCAGCCAUAUGACGAAUUUCAAUGCUUUUGAGCUAAUCGCGUUUUGGCUUCACAAACUUUAGUUUCUUUCUCACCAACUCACCCUUUUGGUGAAAUUACUCAAUGACAUUCUACUUUUCUUAUUUUUAUUACUCUAUUCGGUAACUCAAAAUGGCAAUUGAACAUGUUCUCUCUUGAGCUGAAAAACAGUUGCUUGGCAUGGCAUGGCAUGGCAUCUCAAGUGGGUCUGUGAGAUUUUGGAGAAAGUUCCAUUUCUAGGUGUUUCUUCUUUGUCUCAUAAGGCUACUGGUGCUUGCAGUCAUGAAAGCUUCCUAAGCUUUUGAGCUGAUUCGUGUUUUGACUUGCAGUUAUGAAAUCCUUUUCGUUGUAUUUCACAUGCACUCCCUCUUUUCUUAUUCUUAGUACUCAAUCUGCUCUGUUUUAUAGACAAUGAAUAUUUGGAGGUUUUCAUCCGUCAAUGUCCAAUAAAAAAUGUUGCCUGUCGAGGCAAAGAAUUGUUGCUUGGACUGGCACUUCAGGUGGGUUAAUGAUAUUUUGGGAAAAAUUCCGUAUUUCGGUCUUUCUUCUCCAUCGCGAAGUUCAAUUUUUUUUUGUCACUAAAUAACCCUUUUGGUAAAAUUACACGACCUUCUACAGUCCCACUUUUGUUGUUCUUAAUUAUUCAUAGAUCUUGAUUUGCUACAUCAAUCUUUUUGGAGCCUUGCUAUCUGUAGGAGACUGUUACAUCCAGCUAUAUACUAAUUUUUUAUUUCUGACAAAGUAUUUUUUGAAAUAAUAUGGUUCUUUGUUGUUUCUCUCUGAUUUCUUGAAAUUCCUAAUAGAUAUUUAUUGCAUGCAUUGGUAAUGCUUGUUAAUAAGUUUGUUAUAUUUUUGUCACUGCACCACGUGAAGAAUAUUUUCCAUGGUAUGUAUAUUUGUCCCGUAAGUAUCAAUUUUGAGUUGUACUAGCCCCAGGACUUUGGUCAGUGACGAGGACUCAAAAUGGGAUUGUGAUAGGGAACAUGUCAUAAGUUCUUUAUUUGAUGAAGCGAGUAGAUUCAUUCAAAGGCAUCAAAAAUAUGGAAGCUUUAAAAUGAUAAAUCACUUAAGCUCACAAAAAUAUGGAUUUUUAGCUUCUUCCUAAACAAUCGAGCUAACAGAAUCCAAAAUGAGUUCUAAAUUACUUAUAGGGGUCAAUUUGGACCAGCUAAAAACGCUAACUAGACAUCUACCUUGCUAACUAGACAUCUACCUUGCAAAAGAUUUCUAGAAGUUGAAAUUCCAUCAAAACGUCUUUUGUUCCUCUGUCCAUUAACACAAAAAAAUAGCACCAGGGAUCAUCAUCAAGAUACUCUUGAUGACUUUGUCAACUUCCCGUGAACUCCAACUUUCAAGAGUUUCCCUAUCUUUGAAAGGCGUGACCCAGGAAAGACCAAAAAACAACAAAACAUGUUCCAGAGGUCUGAGGCAAUUGGGCAGUGCAAUGGGAAGUGGUUGACACCUUUUGUGUGCUUGUGGCAGAAGUAGCAUCGGCUGGAAAGAUGAAAUUUCUUACUGGAGAGAUUAUCCUGUGUGAGGCAUGAGUUGUGCAGUACAGUCCAGCUUAAACAGAUCACUUUGGUAGGUAACUUGGUUUUCCAUAUAUGAGUCCAUAGCUAUUUGUCAGUCAUUGAGUUCCUUGAGCAUAAGUUGUUAUAGCCUUAAUUGUCUGUGUAGAGACCUUUUCUUGAGUAACCCCAUUUUAAUCUAUCAGGCUCUUGGGGUGAAAAGGAGCAAGGCUGCAAGUUGGCAAAGAGGGCCAAUAUGUCAUUAAGUACACAGUCAUGUAGGUUCCUUAACCUUAGGUCCCAAAUGUCGUCCAAUCUGUUGGAUGCUAUGGCAGAAUUUUGUUCAGCUUGGCAAUUCUUCACCCAAAGUUAAGUCUCCCAACCAUAUGUCCUUCCAGAAUUUGAUGUGAGAUCCAUCUUCCCACUCUAAAUGUGAUGUUCUCAGCAAAAUCAAGCCAAAGUUUACUGAUGCUUUUUCAUAGAUCAACUCCAUAUGCAUUUGCCAAAUUUUUUUAUUACCAGUGAGUAAGCUCACCAUGUUUUGCUUUGAUCACCUCUUUCCACAGUCCAACGUCUUUAGUUUCAUACCUCUAUAACCAUUUCAAUAUCAUUCUUUUAUUGUUAGUUGCAAGAUCUUUGAUACCCAAACCCCCUUGAGAUUUAGGUUAUCACUUUUGCCCAUUUAACCAAAUGCAACUUAUGAUCCCCGUUGUUGCCUUCCCAUUGAAAAUUCCUUCUAAUUUUGUCAAGCUUCUGGAGAACUUUUGUUAGAAUAGGGAAAAGGGACAUAUGAAUUAUGAUUAGUUGGGAUUCUGUCCAUUACACUAUUAAUCAAUGUAACUCCUCCUCUGAAAGAAAGAUACUGCAGUUGCGAUGUUGCUACUCUUUUUCCAAACUUCUAAAUCCUUCCCAACCAGAUCGCGUUAGACUUGAAUUUUGCACCUAAAGGCAGCCCAAGAUAAGUUUUUGGAAAGGACCCUAUGUUGCAACACAUGAUUCGCGCUAGCUUUGCCAGAUUAAGCACUGAAUUUACUUGAUAGAUAGUGCUUUUUGACAUCUUUGUAUGCAGUCCAAAGACAACUUAAAAAAUGUGCAAAAUCAAGUUUAGCCUAAGCAUUUGUGAUCUAUGAUCUAUCUGCCCUACAAAAUAGCAAAGUAUCAUCCGCAUAAAGCAGAUGUGAAACUGUAACAUUGUUUCCGAUGGGACUGCCUACUUCGAAGCCUUCAAUCCAUUGUAGUCUACUUGCUUUUUGGAGCAUCUUGCUAAGACCUUCUAUAGCAAGGAUGAAAAUCAAGGGAGAGAGUAGGUCUCCCUGCCUUAGCCCUUUUUAAGGAGAGAGAAAACCUGCAGGCCCUCUGUUAAUGAGCACAGAGUAUUUUACCGUUGUCAGUCUUAAUUUGAUCCACCUAUUCGGUAUAUUCUCUGAUGAAAGUUAUGUUAUCAAAUUUCUUGGGAGGGUUGUUUGGUCUUUUUUUGAUAUUAUCGCAAUCAAGUAUGUCAGUAAUUCUCUCUGCAGGUCAAGUGUGAAAGGAAACUUGUUAACAUCUGGAAUAGCAAAUCAAGCUCAAGGGGAGUGCACAUGUUCACACGAUGGGAGUUAAAAGGAGAAUUUGCACCAAUAAAAAUUAAAAGUUUCUUAAAUUCUGGGAUAAAAUGGAGGGACUUCCGACCAGAGAUUACAAACAAUGCUGGAACAGAAAAUCUUAAUAAUCAGUAUACUGUACUCAGUGUCACUUUUGGCAUCUUGUAUUUUGUUGGCGAUUCAUUGGUUUCUGGUACCAUUGAUCAAAACUGCCUGGAGGGUGCCAAAUUUCUCCAACAGGUUGAUGAGAAGUUUAUUCCGAUUGUGAUGAGCAACCAGCACAACACCUGAUAUCAUUGGUCAGUCAUCGUCAUGUUCUUCAGCAUGCUGCAGAUGAGCGAAUUCGUUUGGAAGAACUAACGACUGUCUAAAAAUUCAUUGAAAUGUCACUUCAACUUGGAGGCUGCAAUUCAUUAAAUUAUCAGGUCCUAUCUGACCUAUCUUGAUUCUGAGCAAGAAUUGUUACACUUAUUUUGAUAAUAGGUCAUGCCUGAAGUUGUUUACCAAUUACCACACAACUAUGCUGACCAAAUUUAAAACCGGGGUUGGAUCUGCAACAAUCAUUCUCAAGCUUCAAGAUCAUUUGUCAGAUCUGGUGUUUCACGAGAUGGACUGGUGCUGAUGGGAGAAAAAUAUGCGACGUCAAAAUACAGCCAUUCAGAUGAUAUGCAUGCUUUCCCAGCAAGCUUUGGCUUUAAAGGAGAGGCUCUGAGCUCUAUUUCUGACUUUUCUUUGUUGGAAAUUGUUACUAAAACUCAUGGGAGGCCAAAUGGAUAUCGGAAAGUUUUGAAGGGCGGCAAGUGUUUGUACCUUGGAAUUGACGAUUGUAGACAAGAUGUUGGUACAACAGUCAUUGUUCGUGAUGUAUUUUACAACCAACCAGUUCGAAGGAAGCAAAUGCACUCCAAGUACUUCUACCCAAAGAAGGUGUUGCAUGCUCUGAAAGAGUCUCUGCUAAGAAUCGCCCUUGUUCAUCCCAGUGUCUCCUUUAAAAUUGUUGAUAUUGAAAGUGAGGAUGACCUGCUUUGCACUCGUGCUUCUCCUUCUCCAUUGUCGCUAUUGUCCAGUGAGUUUGGAAUUCAUCUGAGUUCCCUUAACAAAUUGAAUGCAAGUGAUGGUUCAUUCAAGCUCUCAGGAUACAUUUCAGAUCCUGAUGUUUACACAGUGAAGGUCCUUCAAUAUUUCUAUAUCAAUUCAAGAUUUGUUUCCAAAGGACCAAUACAUAAAUUACUUAAUAACACAGCUAUGAGUUUUGACAGAGCUUCUGACAUUGAGAAGCGAAGUAGAUCUCAGAUAUAUCCUCUGUUUAUGCUGAACCUAAACUGUCCAAGAUCUUUUUAUGAUUUUACUUUGGAGCCUUCAAAGACCUCUGUGGAAUUUAAGGAUUGGGGCCCUGUCCUUCUCUUUAUUGAGGAUACUGUUGCGAAUCUCUGGACUGAAAGUAACUCUGCUGAUAUACCUGUGAAUCAUGAGAUCAGGAAAAAGAGGUGCAGGGCUCAGAGUUGCAAAGGUACACUUGAACUUCUUUCCCCGCUGCCAAAGAAACAGACCAGAGAGUGCACUGUCAGGAGAGAUAUUCAAUCUCCGCAGAAUACUCUGUGGGAAAGUGCUUCUGCGAAACCUGAUCCUGGGUCCGGGUUCCUCUGUCAGAUUGAAAGUUCAAGUCGGUUAGUUGAUGGAUCUCUUGCUCAUUGCACAGUUGGUGUAAACUGGAAAUCCAGAUGCUCUGUGCAACCCCUUUCAUCUAAUGUUUCACCUACAGAGGAUUAUUUCCUGGAUAACAAAUUCAGUGCUUCAGCUACCUCCAGUUAUAAAUCAGACUGCCUGCUAGGUUCAGGAUGGGAGAACGAGUCUCAAACAAUUUUAGCUGGCAAAUCAACAGAGGAUGCCUCAUUUAAGGAGUCUCUUGAACUUAUUGACAGUUCAAAUAUGAUGCAUGAGAGAAGAAUACCAUUCAUGCGUAGCUGUUCUUUGCGCAGAAGCCUGAUACAUGAUGGAACAUCUUUUGAUAGUGAUGAAGACGUUAAGUUUGGAAAAAGUGACUGCAGAACUAAACAAAAUCGCCUUGAAGAUGAUUAUAGUGUUGAAUUUGAAGUUGUUCAUGAUGUUAACCGGGUCUUACAUCAAAGGCCUACUAGAGGCAAGGAAAUAUAUUUUGAGAAGUUCUCCAGGUGCAAAACACAGAGCAGGGCAUUGCAGCGGACAAAAAAAAUUUCAGGUGAUUCAGAAAAGUCUUCUUUAACCAAGGACAUUCUAGAUGAAGAUGAUCAUCUUAUGGACUUCUUUAAACAGACUGAAAACUAUCGUUCUGGCCUACCAUCUUUUAGUCCAGAACUAUCUCCUCUGCCAGCAUAUCCUUUGCUCGGGAGCAGAUCUCUAGAUGUUAAUCCUUACAUCUCUGAAAAUGGGCUUGGAACUUCUGUUAAACAUGAAGUUGGUGUCACGUAUAAUUCUGGAAACAUGCAAUGUAAUCUCUUGGUUCCAGCCAUAAAUAAUAUGGAAAAAGAGGACUGCUUGUUUUCAAAUCCUGCAAAGUUUGAUCUUGAUUUUUAUGCUUGUUCUAAAGAGGAUUUGGGCUGUAUAGGGGGACUUGAUCCGUGGGACAUUUAUAGUUCAGGUCCUUCUGAAUUCUAUUAUGAUGGAGAUGAUUUGUCACAUACACAUUCUCAUGGUGAAAAUCUUACUAAUUGUUUGACACCACGAGCUAUGCUCUCCUCUUGGGUGGAUGGGAAUUCGCAUAAAUGGAAUGAUGCUGGGAGUCGAGGUAACACAGAUAAGCUUAUAAGGAAGAAGAGUAGAAGUCAUUCAGCUCCUCCAUUUUAUCAAGGCAAGAAGAAGUUUUUUGCCACGAGCGAGUCUUCAAAAACGGCAGCAGGAAAUAACAUUAUUAAGACUGUUCAUGAUGUGCCACUCAUGCCAGAAACUAGAGCAGUAAGAAGACUGGGGGAUUCUACAGAAGCUCUCUGCUCGGAGCUUCCACAGCAGUCAUCCCAUCAAUGUGAUCAAUCUUCCACCCCAAGUUGUGGUGAUGGUGUUUAUUCUGAUGAAAGGCUAAGUGUUAAAAUGAAACUUGUUGACAUCUGGAAUAGCAGAUUACAAACUCAAGGAGAGUGCAUAAGUACACGCUAUGGGGAGUUAAAAGAAGAAUUUGCACCAACAAAAGAAACUCAAAGUAUCUUAGAUUCUGGGACAAAAUGGAGGGACUUCUGUCCAGAGAUUACAAGCGGCACUGGAACAAAGAGUCGUAAGAAUCAGGAUACUGUACUCAAUGUCACUUCUGGCAUAUUGCAUUUUCUUGGUGAUUCAUUGGUUCCUAAUACCAUUGAUAGAAACUGCCUGUGUGGUGCCAAAGUACUCCAACAGGUUGAUAAGAAGUUUAUUCCGAUUGUGGGCGGCACAACACUUGCUAUAAUUGAUCAGCAUGCUGCAGACGAGCGAAUUCGUUUGGAAGAACUGCGUGAGAAGGUUCUAUCUGGACAAAAAAGAACAACAACCUAUCUUGAUUCCGAGCAAGAAUUGGUCAUGCCUGAAAUUGGUUAUCAAUUAUUACACAAUUAUGCUGACCAAAUUCAAAACUGGGGUUGGAUCUGCAACAUUCAUUCUGAAGCUUCAAAAUCAUUUACCAGCAGGAACUUGAAUCUGAUUCACAAGCAGCAAACAUCUGUCAGACUUCUUGCGGUUCCCUGUAUUCUGGGUGUUAAUCUAACAGAUGUGGAUCUGUUAGAAUUUCUUCAACAGCUUGCUGACACAGAUGGAUCAUCAAUAGUACCUCCAUCAGUGAAUCGUAUCCUGAAUAACAAGGCUUGCAGGAGUGCAAUUAUGUUUGGAGAUGCAUUGUUGCCUUCAGAGUGUUCUCUCAUUGUUGAGGAGUUGAAGCAGACUUCAUUGUGUUUUCAAUGUGCUCAUGGGCGGCCGACUACUGUACCUCUUGUCAACUUGGGUUCUCUGCAUGAGCAGAUUGCUAAGUUAGGUUCAUGGAGUAAGGGUUCCUCCGAGGCAUGGCAUGGAUUACAUCGGCAUGCAAUCAACCUAGAACGUGCAGCAAAGCGACUAAGAUCAGCCGUAUCCUAGUGUCAAAAAUCUCUCGUUAGUAUACCUUUCCAAUAUAUAGCCAUAGUAACUCACUCUGAAUGGACUGUAAAGAAAUGUUACGAUAAUAAAAUAGGUUAUUUGAUUGUAACAUCACUCAACUGUUGUCAUAGUUAAAUUUGUAUAUCCCAUUCUAACCUUCUCAUUUUGCUAGACAAUAUGAAGUGAUAUUGGAACAAUGGUACUAUAAAUCUCCUGAA